CAAAUUUUGACAUUCAUUUCAUAACCAUUCAAAUCUCACAGAGCAAUUUCUGUGAAAUUUCACCUUUUUUCUUGAAUUUUUCUGUGAAUUUCGGGGUGAUUCUUGUCAAAAGUCUGUUGGAAGGAUGCUGAGCUCUUUGAUGUCUGUUCGGAUGCUCCAUGUUGGUCGAGCAUGUUAUUCCGCAGAAAAAAGUGCAUUAGCUCAUCUUCGGAAGUCGACGGGAUACACGUUUGCCAAUUGUAAAAAAGCACUGGAGUUACAUAAUAAUGACGUGAAAGAAGCCGAAAAAUGGUUGCGUGCCGAAGCCCAAAAAAUGGGAUGGACCAAAGCGCAAAAGGUCGAGGGACGAACAACAGCACAAGGUCUCGUCGGUGUCCUCAUCAAAAACAACAUUGGAGCCCUUGUCGAGGUGAAUUGCGAGACAGAUUUCGUCGCGCGCAACAAAGAAUUCCAAAAUUUCAUCGGAAAAGCGUCGCAAUCGUGCAUCAACUACAUGUCGGCAGUCGAUUCGAAAAAUGUCACAAAAAUCGGAAUUGGCAGUGAUGCCCUGAAAAACAUCAAAUUCACAGAUGACAAAUCUCUCGGUGACCAUUUAGCACUUUUGAUCGGCACUGUGGGCGAAAAUGCGACGCUUAAACGGGCAAUUUGCUACAAAACGCCGGAAAGUGUGAAUCUCGUUGGUUAUGCGCACUCUACGAGCGAACAAGUGCAAAACAACGACGACGGACAACUUUUUGGCAAAUACGGAGCAAUUGCAGCAUUUAAGUCACAGGCGCCAGUCGAUGCGGAAAAGCAGGAACUCCAAAAGAAGAUUUUGCAACACAUUGUCGGCAUGAAUCCACAAAAAGUGGGAAAUAAGGAGCAAGACGAGCCAAAUCCCAGCAAAGAUGACGAAACGUGUCUCAUUUAUCAGGAAUAUUUGCUGGAUCCGGAUGUCGUUGUGGGUGAUUUGCUUGAAGAAAAUGGACUUGAGGUGCUCGACUUCCAAAGAUUUGCAUGCGGAGAGAAUGAUGCAAGUCAAAGUAAUCAAGAGACGUCAAAGUAAAUGUUGAAAAUUGAUUAGAAUCUAAAAAAAAUUAUUAAAAAAAUUCAUAAAUUAGUCAA